GGACGGCCCAGUCCUCCACUGCCGGGGGCCAACCAGAGUCCAGCCUAGCCCCAGACACAGAUGGGACCAUGAACUCAAGCCGCAGCUACAGCCAGAGCCACUCGGCCUCCCUCCGUGGAACAGGAGGUGGCUGGGGCCGGCCUGGGAACUGUCCCCGGGCCCCCAGCAUCCACGGCGGUGCCGGGGGUGCCCGCGUCUCUGUCUCCUUCUCCAGGCCGAGCUGCCUGCCCCCAGGAGGGGCUUGGGCAGCUCCAAGGAGUGGUCCCCUGCUAGGCGGAAAUGGGAAAGAGACCAUGCAGAACCUCAAUGACCGCCUGGCCUCCUACCUGGACAAGGUGCGCGCGCUAGAGGCCGCCAACCAGAAGCUGGAGAGCCGUAUUCUGCAAUGGCACCAGGAGAGAGAUUCCGGCAGCCAGAAAGACUAUUCCCAGUACGAGGAAAACAUAAGCCACCUGCAGGAAAAGAUAGUGGACGGCAAGAUGGCCAACGCUCGCAUCCUGGUCCUCAUGGACAAUGCCAGGCUGGCGAUGGAUGACUUCAGCCUGAAGUACGAGAACGAGCACUCCCUAAAACAAGACCUGGAGGUUGAAGUGGAAGCCCUGCGGAAGACCCUGGAUGACCUGACCAUCGUCACGACAGACCUGGAGCAGGAGGUGGAGGGGAUGAGGAAAGAGUUAAUUCUCAUGAAGAAGCAACAUGAACAGGACCUGAGGGGGAAGCCCAUGCCCAGUGACUUCAAGGUCAGCGUGAAGGUGGACGCGACUCCCAGGGAAGAUUUGAUCAAGGUCUUGGAGGACAUGAGGCAGGAGUACGAGUCUAUCAUGAAGAAGAAGAAUCAGGACUUCGACACUUGGUUCAGAGAGCAGUCGACAGCCAUGUCCCAGGAGGUGGCCAGCCCAGCUGCUGUGAAGGGCACCCAGGGUGACAUCCAUGAGCUGAAGCGCACGUUCCAGGCCCUGGAGAUUGAUCUGCAAGCUCAGCACAACAAGAAAUCCGCCCUGGAGAGCAUGCUUUCAGAGACCCAGUCCCGCUACUCCUGCCAGCUCCAGGACAUGCAGCGAAUCAUUUCCCGCUACGAAGAGGAGCUGCAGCAGCUUCGCCACGAUCUUGAGCGACAGAACAGCGAGUACAAGGUGCUGCUGGGCAUCAAGACCCACCUGGAGAAGGAAAUCGCCACCUACCGCCAGCUGCUGGAGGGUGACAGCGAGGGGGCGAUGGAAGAAUCUAAGUCCAGCGGGCAAGCAUCUGCAGCUCCAAAGAUCAAGGCCAUCACCCAGGAGAGUGUCAACGGAAGGAUAGUUCUUUCUCAAGUGAAUGAGAUCCAAAAGCACGCAUGAGGCCAAUAAAAGUUUCUGCCUGUUGUAAAAUUA